AUGGACUAUAAUACAGUUAUUGCUAGUCAACCAGUAGUUAUUGACAAUGGUUCGGGCAUUUUAAAAGCUGGUUUUGCUGGUGAGAAUGCACCAAAAUGUAUUUUUGGUAAUUAUGUUGGGAGGCCAAAACAUACAAGAGUUAUGGCUGGAGCUUUGGAAGGCGACUGUUUUAUUGGACCAAAGGCUCAAGAAUAUAGAGGACUUCUUGCUUUAAAAUACCCAAUGGAGCAUGGAAUUGUGACAGAUUGGAGUGAUAUGGAAAAAAUCUGGCAAUAUAUUUAUUCAAGUGAUCAGCUUAGGACAGAACCUAAUGAACAUCCAAUUUUGUUAACUGAAGCACCAUUAAAUCCUCAAACUAACAGGGAAAAAGCUGCAGAAAUCUUAUUUGAGACUUUUAAUGUUCCUGCUCUUUAUAUACAAAUUCAGGCAGUUCUCAGCCUUUACUCUUCCGGCAGAACAACUGGCGUAGUUCUCGAUUCUGGCGAUGGAGUUACCCAUGUUGUGCCAAUAUUUGAAGGAUUUGCUAUUGAACAUGGUAUUCAACGUAUUGAUAUUGCCGGCCGUGAUGUGACACGCUAUCUCAGAUUAUUAUUGCGGAAAGAAGGUCAUAUAUUCAGCAAAACCAGCGAAUUUGAAAUUGUGAGGGAAAUUAAAGAACAAAAAUGUAAACUUUAUUCAACUCCGCUUAAAGAAGAUUCUGUCGCUGGUGAAACAACGAAGGUCAUUUAUCCACUCCCAGAUGGCUCAAAAAUAGAGAUUGGUGCAGCACAUUAUAGGGCACCAGAGAUCCUUUUUCGACCAGAAUUGAUUGGAGAGGAAUGCGAUGGAGUGGCACAUUGUCUUUCUAAUGCUAUUUUUAAAUGCGACGUUGAUUUGCGCAAAAAAUUGUAUGAAAAUAUUGUUCUAAGUGGUGGAUCUACAAUGUUUCAAGGAUUUGGGGAUCGAUUACUUACUGAAAUGCGAAGACUUGGCCCAAAAGACGCAAAAAUUCGUAUUUUAGCUCCACAGGAGCGUAUUUAUUCAACUUGGAUUGGCGGUUCUAUCCUAGCUUCAUUGGACACUUUCCGUAAAAUUUGGGUUACAAAGCAACAAUUUGAUUCAAUUGGGAAAGGAAUUAUUGCAAGAAAAACGUUUUAA